GAUUAGGACCCCCACAAAGAAAACCUCCAGAUUACAGGGCGGAUUCCUUGUGGGCGAAUUGUCCAUUUGUCCUUCACAUUAUCCUGUUCCUCUCUAUCAAAACACACUAUCACGCACACUACUUGGACACUACAGUACUGAUAAAUUGAUGCGAAAUUGAAGCAUCAAAUCUCUUCUAGACUGUAUAUGGGUGAUGGGUUAGCUGCAUCAAAACCCAAAGAUGCAGCAAAUUCAACCCUUAUCUCCGUUUCAUCGACCCGUAACUCUCUGGCCCAGAUUUUACCAUACAAUAGUAAACCCAUUGAACAUAAUCUCUUUCUCUUCUUCUCCUCCUCCGAUCAGUAGCCGUCGGCUUAGAAAGUUCUUUCCGCGCAAAAUCCGAAAGGAACCUUCGAAACCGAGUCUCAAACGUCUCACUUCUCGCAUCGUCGAACUCACUCGCAGACGACAACUGCUUCAGAUUUUUGAGGAAGUUGAGAAAGCCAAAAAAUUGUAUGGGCAGUUGAAUACGAUUGUGAUGAACGCAGUAAUGCAGGGUUGUGUUCAUUGCGGGGACAUAGAUUCUGCUCUUAGGGUCUUUGAAGAAAUGUCGAAGCUGGAGAGCUGUGGUGUUGACAAUGUUACAUAUGGCACAUUGGUGAAGGGUUUGGGUGAUGCUCGGAGAAUUGAUGAAGCAUUUCAAAUCCUUGAAUCUGUGGAAAGAGGUACCGCUGCAGGAAAUCCAAAGUUGUCAGCACCAAUUAUUUAUGGCUUGCUGAAUUCUCUUAUUGAAGCAGGUUAAGUUUGUAGAUAUAGCAAAAUAUGGUUCUUCUGUUAUAUUUGUAAAAGUGCCACCGAUUUGAUAGUGGAUUUCAAGUCUAUAUGUGGUUCAAAUUUAAACUGUCUGGAGUAGCAUAGUAAUAGUGUCAGAAUGUAGUUGUUUUGGCAUACAAGUUAGUGUUUACUUACCCAAAAAAAAGUUAGUGUUUCUAUAUCUUGCAUCAUUAUAGUACUCAACAUGGCGAUUGGAACGAAUUUGGCUUAUGGAAUUCAAAAUGUAGUGAAAGUGGUUGUGGUAUUUUGUUGGCCGAUGCUAACCUUUAGAUCCUGUUGGAGUCAAUGGUUAUUGGAAGCAAAAAGUGAUGCUUAAACCUUAAUUUUCAAAUUAGAAUUAAAAAUAUUUAAUUUUUCUUUGGUGUUGAGAAAUUUUGAAAUUUCAGUGUGACAUUCUAAUCAAUUUCAACCUUUGAUUGCUAAGAUUCCAUUUUUAGACCCUUUUCAACAUAAUAUGAUUUCAAAUUAUUUUGAGCAAAGAAUAAA